CUUUUCUCAUUACAGCGGCCUCCUAGUUCAUCUUUAUCAUAUGGUGGAGCCAUGAACGAAGAUGCUAGAUCGCCGGGCGCUGGUAGUACACCUGGUCCUUUAUCUCAACAACCACCUGUCCUAGAUACAUCAGACCCUGAUGGUAAGUUCUUAUCAUCACUAAAUCCUACAGAACUAACAUAUGAUGGUCGAUGGUGUCGAAGAGAAUGGUCAUCACCUGCCGCCGAUACUAGAAAUGCCGAUGCCUCAAGACGGUUAUAUUCCUCAGUCUUCCUGGGUAGUCCCGACAAUUAUGGCACAAGUGCAAGCGGCGAUGCCAGCAAUGCCAGUAUAGGCAGCGGGGAAGGUACGGGUGAAGAGGAUGACGAUGCAAAUGGCAAAAAGAACCAAAAGAAACGUGGCAUUUUCCCAAAAGUAGCAACAAAUAUCUUAAGAGCGUGGCUGUUUCAGCAUUUAACGCAUCCCUACCCCUCCGAAGAUCAGAAAAAACAAUUGGCACAAGAUACCGGCCUGACGAUAUUGCAAGUUAAUAAUUGGUUCAUUAAUGCGAGACGAAGAAUUGUCCAGCCAAUGAUUGAUCAAUCAAAUCGUGCAGUCUACACCCCCCAUGCUGGUCCCUCCGGUUAUGGUCACGAUCCCAUGGGCUACAUGAUGGACAGUCAGGCCCAUAUGAUGCAUCGUCCACCAGGUGAUCCUGGUUUCCAUCAGGCCUAUCCCCAUUAUCCACAUGCUGAAUACUAUGGUCAACAUUUGUAAUCAACUUUAGCCCAAUAAAUCUCAUCAUUAUUUAUAUAGUUAAACAAACCAUAAAAAACCGUAAACAGAAAGGAUAAGGCAGAAUUUAAAAGUAAAGCUCCUACAAUGACUACUACUCCAACUUCUCCCCCUGAACCUUACAACAAAAACAAACAAACAAACAAAGUGCAACAAAAAAACAAAGACAGGAUUGGAAUGCCAAUACCUUGCUCCCACACAUCCACACCCACCAAAGUCAAAAGUGAAAACAAAUGGUGGGGAAUAUUUGGUGGUUGGCACAUCAACAACAACAACUACUAUUAUAUAGUUUGUUAGAAGGCGACUAAACCAAAAUUAUAGAACAAAAAAAUAGUAAAACAAGAAAAAUUAAUGAGAAGAAGAGAAACAUCUCCCACCCCCACUCCCAGACAAAUCAAAUGGAAAUUCUCUUUUGAAGAAAAAACUAUAAAUUGAGAUUGAAAGAGAACAAAUGUUGACCUUAAUUAAGGAUAUCAUGGCUGACAUCAUAACUUUUCAAAUAACAAGAACAACAACAACAACUACUACAACAACAAAUUACCGGAUAUACGUAAAAAAUUUACUCUAAACAGCUUUAAAAUUAAAUUGGGAAUAGAUCGGAUGAGAGCAAAUAUCUUUUAAUCAUGUCUUAAUUAAAAACUAGAUAAAGUAUCAAAGCUUUUUAUUUAGACAGUCUCUUCUCAUCGAAAUGAAAUCAAGCCAAAUCAAGGAGCGAAUUUGGAGAAACUCGAAAUAUUUCCCAUUAAAAAAAAGAAAAUACCACCAAUCAAAUUAUAAUUUUGUAAAAAAAAACAACCUAACCAAACAGCGAAUUUAAUUUUUUGAAAAAAAAAAACAAUUAUUUUUUUAUGUUAAAUAUUUUGUUAGAAGGUAAAAAAACCCACACGCAAAAAACUAAGUUCUUAGCAAGGUUAACCAGGAUUUUAGGAGAAUUUCUUUAAAGCAAAACAUUUUUUUAAGAACAAAUAAUUAAGUUAUGUAUUUUCUUUAAUUAAAUAUGAUGAUCUCCUUAUUUAAGGGUUUACAAAAAACAUAAUUUUGAUGACAAAACUUGAAAAAAAUGGGAGAAUUACAACAGAACAGCAAGAACAACCCUACUUAAAGAAUUUUAAAUCCAAAAAAACAUGUGGAAAAAAAUCACAGAUAUGAAAAAAAAAACAUUUAGUUAUAAACAAAAGAAAAUGGAGUAAGAAAAAAAAAUUAUAAAAAAACUUAAAUUAAAAACAAAACAAAAUUAUUCAAUAAGUAAACUAAAUAAACAAAGAGAGGAAGAAAGAGUUAAGAGAACACACACACACAGACAUAUGUAUACAUAAUUUAAUAAAUUAAUUAUUAAAAAAAUACAAAAAAGCAAAGAAAUAAACAUUUUUAGUAAAAAUCUUAAAAAAACAAACACUUUUCCUCUGCAAGAAAAUUUAAGAAAAAAAAUUUCUCCCUUA